AUGCAGGAUCUCAACGGUGCUGUCGGCCAGAGGGGCCACAGUAAUGGUAGCCGCUUCGGCCACGCCUCCAAGCCCUCCAACAGCGACACCGGCUUCUCCCACGGCGCCUUCACCUCGAACGUCUCGGGCUUCGCCGACCGUCACCCUCGCCGUGCCAAUGUUCCUACUCUCAACACCCAGACCAUGAACCAGGCGCAGACUAUGCCCCCUACCGCCGGCACCGAGAUGGCCACCCCUGGCACCGCCUUCGACAUGCAGUUCACCCCUCUUCUCCCCUCCCAACUGCUCCUCGGCAGCCCCUUCCAGCCUGGUUCCCCCGGUGCUUUUGGUAGCCCUCAGUUCCAGAACCUCUCCGGCUUCCAGCAGGCCCAGCAGCACCAGCAGGGUCAUGGCCAAGGUCAGCAUGGUGGCCAGGGCCAGCCUGGCUCCAUGGGCAGCCCCAUCCAGCCAGGAAUCUCUCCCUCCUACCAGGCCAUGGUUUCCCCUUCCACCUACGGCGCCCCCCAGUUCUACCCUCCCUCUCAGUCCCCUCCCGGCAACUACAGCAUCCCCAGCCCCAUGCAACCCGGCUCACCGGUGCCCAUGAACUCGGCUGCCAUUACCGGUACCAGUCGCACCGUCUACCUCGGCAACAUCCCUCCGGACACGACCGCCGAGGAGAUACUAGGCCACGUCAGGAGUGGGCAGAUCGAGUCGGUCCGCCUUCUCCCCGACAAGAACUGCGCCUUCAUCUCUUUCCUCGACGCUAGCUCUGCCACCCACUUCCAUUCGGAUGCCAUCUUGAAGAAGCUAUGCAUCAAGGGCCAGGACAUCAAGGUGGGUUGGGGCAAGCCGUCUCAGGUCCCCACCUCGGUCGCCCUGGCCGUCCAGCAGUCGGGCGCCUCCCGAAACGUCUACCUCGGAAAUCUCGCCGAGGAGACCACCGAAGACGAGAUUCGCGAGGACAUGGGCAAGUUUGGCGCCAUCGACACGGUCAAGCUGGUUCGUGAAAAGAACAUUGCUUUUGUCCACUACCUGUCCAUCGCCAACGCCAUCAAGGCUGUCGGCCAGCUGCCCCAGGAGCCCAAGUGGCAGGCCCCGCGCCGUGUCUACUACGGCAAGGACCGCUGUGCCUACGUUUCCAAAACGCAGCAGCAAAACGCCGCUCAGUACUUGGGCAUCUCUCCGGGAUACGCCCACAUGCUGACAGGUGCCGACCGCGACCUAAUCUCCAGCGCGCUGGCUCAGCAGUCGGUCGCAGCCGCAGCCGUCUCCACUACUGCCGGAGGCAUCAACAACCUCGGCAACCGCACCAUCUACCUGGGCAACAUCCACCCCGAGACGACGAUUGAGGAGAUUUGCAACGUCGUCCGCGGCGGCCUGCUGCACCACAUCCGUUACAUCCCCGAUAAGCACAUUUGCUUCGUCACCUUCAUCGACCCCACAGCCGCCGCCUCCUUCUACGCCCUCAGCAACCUACAGGGCCUCAUGAUCCAUAACCGCCGCCUGAAGAUUGGUUGGGGCAAGCACUCGGGUGCUCUGCCCCCCGCAAUCGCCAUGGCCGUUAGCGGCGGUGCGUCGCGAAAUGUCUACGUCGGCAACCUGGACGAGACGUGGAACGAGGAACGUCUGCGCCAGGACUUUGCCGAGUUUGGCGAGAUUGAGCUCGUCAACGCGCUGCGUGAGAAGAGCUGUGCCUUUGUCAACUUUACCAACAUUGCCAACGCCAUAAAAGCUAUCGAGGCCAUUCGCGGCAGAGAGGAGUACAAGAAGUUCAAGGUCAACUUUGGCAAAGACCGCUGCGGCAACGCCCCUCGCCAGGCCCACCAGUCGCCCCGUGGUGAUGGCAACACAUCGCCGCCUCCCCAGGGAGGCUCCCAGGGCUCUCAGAGUGGCGGGUCCCCCGCCAAUGGCCAGAACUCUGCCACCUUUGCUGCCCAGAGUAACCCGCUUACCAUGUAUCUGAACCAGCUGUCGCAGCAGGCCCAGCAGCAGCAGCAGCAGCAGCUCGCCGCCCAGCAGAGUGCCCUGUUCGGCACCGCCCAGCAAUCGCCCAGCGACCUCGGAAUUGACGGCCCCCAGGCGGUCCCUGUGGGCGGCGGCCACGGCCAAUCUGCCAGCAUCUCCAACGGCCUCUCCACGAGCAACGGCGUCUCAGGUCCGACGACGAUUGGCGGCCUCCUGGCCCCCGGCAACCCUCGGGGACAGCACAACCGAGCUGUCAGCCUUCCCGUACUCGCCCCCGGAUUCGAGAAUGGCGGGAACAGCCCCAGCAGCCUACACGGAAGCAACGGCAGCGAGAACGAAACCCAGCGCCGUGGCCACCAGUACCAGUCGAGCUUCGGAGGAGGAUUCGGACUUGCCAUUCAGGGCGGUCUGAACGGAUGGGUCGAGGAGGAAGUUGCCAACUAA